AUGGCCAUGUGGACGAAUCUCGCCUGGAAACCUGCAGCCCAGUCCAGCCCAGUAUACCGUAAACAGCAAGUAAGCAAAGUGAUGAAAGACGGCAACGCACAAAUCCAGGCCCCCGAGCCCCGAGCCCGAGGCAGAAUGGUAGACCGCGAGGCACGGCAUCGUGAUAGCCAUGUGACAUUGCCCGUGGGACUGGACUGGGGGAGGGAUAUCCCCCUGCUUACCGGUACAGUUACCGUUUACCAGGCACUACAGUAG